AAGUAGAUGUGGAUAGCAAGCCUGCUUUGCAGUUCAAAGAUGGACAGCAAAACUUCAUAGAAACAGAUGCCCUUGAUAUAAGCACCCACCUCUUUGACCCAGCUGCAGAGUACAAAAUGAACCACAAGAGGAGAGGACUUGCUUUGAUCUUCAAUCAUGAACGGUUUUACUGGCAUUUAACUCUACCAGAAAGACGCGGCACUCUUGCUGACAGAGAUAACUUGAAACGCAGCUUGACUGAGCUGGGAUUUGAGGUGAAGUGUUUUGAUGAUCUUAAAGCAGAAGAUGUGUUGCAAAACAUUUACGAUGUAUCCACAGCCAAGCAUGAAGAUGCAGACUGUUUCAUGUGUAUUUUCCUGAGCCAUGGUGAAGAUGACCAUGUUUAUGCCUAUGAUGCUAAAAUAAAAAUACAGGAAUUGACCAGAAUGUUCAGAGGAGACAAGUGCCCAAGUCUAGUAGGGAAGCCAAAAAUAUUUAUAAUUCAGGCAUGUCGAGGAGAUAAGCAUGAUGACCCAGUCAUUGUUGCCGAUACAGUAGACAGCAUAACAGAGAAGUCAGAUGUCAAUGAAACCGAAGUGGAUGCUGCUGCAGUUUAUACCUUACCUGCUGGUGCUGACUUCCUCAUGUGUUACUCUGUAGCAGAAGGGUACUACUCUCACCGUGAGACUGUAAAUGGCUCCUGGUACAUUCAAGAUCUGUGCAACAUAAUAAGGCGGCAUGGCUCAUCCCUUGAGUUUACGGAGCUUCUGACACUGGUUAACAGGAAGGUAUCUCAUCGCAAAGUGGACGUAUGCAGAGAUAUUCAUGCUUUAGGAAAAAAGCAGAUUCCUUGUUUCGCAUCCAUGUUAACUAAGAAAUUGUAUUUUUACCCAAAAUCUAAGUAAAAUGGUACACCAGUAAAACAAUU